CAACGCCUUUUAGCAUGGGCGGGACGUCCGGUGUCUCGUAUAAACGAACUAAGGCCUCUCCAUGCGGUUUUGAUCUUCAGGUUGACGCGAAGCUAACGCCAACAAGAUAGACACCAUGGCAGAGAAUGAUGUUGAUAACGAGCUGCUCGACUAUGAAGAGGAUGAGGAGCCCCAAGGAGCCCCGGAGAGUGCAGCACCCGCAGGCAAGAAGGAGGUGAAGGGCUCCUACGUCUCCAUCCACAGCUCUGGCUUCAGAGACUUUCUGCUCAAGCCAGAGCUGCUCCGCGCCAUCAUCGACUGUGGUUUUGAGCAUCCGUCUGAAGUCCAGCAUGAAUGCAUCCCUCAAGCUAUUCUGGGCAUGGACAUCCUGUGCCAGGCCAAGUCUGGUAUGGGCAAGACUGCCGUGUUUGUGCUGGCGACACUGCAGCAGAUCGAACCUGUCGAUGGACAGGUGUCUGUAUUAGUCAUGUGCCACACACGAGAGCUGGCCUUCCAGAUCAGUAAGGAGUACGAGCGUUUCUCCAAGUACAUGUCCUCGGUCAAGGCGGCCGUGUUCUUCGGCGGCAUGGCCAUCAAGAAGGACGAGGACGUCCUGAAGAAGAAUUGCCCUCACAUCGUGGUUGGAACCCCGGGCCGCAUGCUCGCUCUCAUCCGCAACAAGACCCUCUCCCUGAAGAACGUCAAGCACUUUGUCCUGGAUGAGUGUGAUAAAAUGUUGGAGCAGCUAGACAUGAGGCGUGAUGUACAGGACAUCUUUAAGAUCACACCACACGAGAAGCAGGUCAUGAUGUUCAGUGCCACUCUGAGCAAGGAGAUACGACCAGUCUGCCGCAAAUUCAUGCAGGAUCCCAUGGAGGUAUUUGUGGACGACGAGACCAAACUGACACUCCACGGCCUGCAACAAUACUACUGCAAGCUGAAGGACAGCGAGAAGAACCGCAAGCUCUUUGACCUGCUCGACGUGUUGGAGUUCAACCAGGUGGUGAUCUUUGUCAAGUCAGUCCAGCGCUGCGUUGCUCUGGCCCAGCUUCUGGUGGAACAGAAUUUCCCUGCCAUCGCCAUCCACAGGGGAAUGGCCCAGGAGGAGAGGCUGUCUCGCUAUCAGCAGUUCAAGGACUUCCAAAGGCGGAUCCUGGUGGCCACCAACCUCUUCGGUCGAGGGAUGGACAUCGAGCGGGUCAACAUUGUCUUCAACUACGACAUGCCGGAAGAUUCUGACACCUAUUUGCACAGGGUUGCCCGUGCCGGUAGGUUUGGCACAAAGGGGUUGGCUAUAACCUUUGUGUCGGACGAGACCGACGCCAAGACUCUGAACGACGUGCAGGACCGCUUCGAGGUCAACGUGGCCGAGCUGCCGGACGAGAUCGACAUCUCCUCUUACAUCGAGCAGUCCAGAUGAGUCCUCCAGCCGAGCCGAAGGCACUUCAUGGAUUAUGUGUUUGGAAGUAAUGUUUCACCAUUGAUUUGAAAGCUCUGCUCGUUCCUAAUGUUCACCAAACCUUUAUUUUUAUUGUCAGUUUUGGGGUAGUGGGGGGGAGGUUAUGGUCAAUUUUUAAUUUGUCUUUUACAGUUUUUGUUUUUGCUGAAUGGAAUUAAAACUUUUUAUAAAAUGCCA